CCCUAGUGGAACUUUCAAAAAAGUAAUGUCAGUAUAACGGCCAUCAUGACAGAGUGGUUGCAGUCAAGAAUUGUUCGUCUUAGCGAAUUACAAGAUGUUGAAGAAAAGAAAAACAUUUUGUCAGAAAUUAAAAUUAAAUUGGGAAAUCUAGGCAACAGAGAAGUUGAACAGAUUUCUCGUAACGUAGAUUUCGGUCAAUUGUUUACCCAGUUAACCUCGAAUGACAGGGAAGUUAUACAUGAAGUGUGUGAAGUUUUGAAGAUAUUGUUUACUAUCACAGAACCUGGGGAAGUAUAUCAAAGAUAUUCAGCAGAAGUAUCUCAGUUAUUAAAUCAUCCAGAUGCUAUAGUUAGAUCACUUGUUUUGCAUGAAAUUUUAUGCAUUGCUUCUAAUCCACAGAAGAUAUCGUUAUUACUCUCAGAUAUCAGCUUACUAGUGACUGUUAUAAAUAAAAUUGCAGAUGAUGAUUUAAUGGUAGCUAAGUGUGCAAUGUGCAUAAUGAAAGAAAUUGGCAAACAUUCAAAUGGAUUACAGGUUUUAUAUACAGGUGAAUUAUUAAGAAGUUUUGCUAGAUUAUUGGUAAAGAACGACAUCAUUACUUUUCGUAUAUACGAAGUGGUUGUGGAUGUUGCAAAAUCUUCAAAGGAAGGUUUAGAAGCUUCUGCUCGAUCAGGAUUUUUGAAUAGUUUGUUUGAUAUCCUUGAAAGUGAAGAUAUAUUGCUUCAAGUAAAUGCAUUAGAAAUUUUGACACAAUUGGCAUUAACGGAAGAAGGGUUAUGUUAUUUAGAACAGCAAGAUGUAUUGAGAAAAUUGGUUCAAAAAAUAGCACAAGCUAAUGAAAACCCAUUAUCAAAUUUAUUGAUUCCUGGUUUAAUGAAAUUUUUUGGCAAUGUUGCUUGUCAUUGGCCCAAUGAAAUUUUUUCAAAAUAUCCAAUUGUAAUUUCUGCAUUGUUCGAAGUAAUAGAAAGCGGAGAUCAAACUAUUCUUGGUGUUGCAUUAGAUACAUUAGGACAUAUAUCUACAAGUGUUGAAGGUAAAUAUACCUUGCAAGCUUUAGGAGAUGCAUUGCCAUGUACAUUAAAAAAAAUUGCUGAGGUAAUACAGAGAAUGCCUACAGAGCUAAGAAUUCGUGGGCUUAACAAUUUGGCACUUAUACUUGAUGUACCAAAGGCAGAACAGGAUAACAGAAUUUUGUCAUUAACAAAAUCAUGGUUUGACGCAUUAUGCAGUGACCCAAUGGGUAUGAUUGUAGGAAUAUGUAGACAACCAUUUGCAGAUAUUAGGCAAGCAGGUUUAGAAGUGUUAGUGGUUCUAGCAUCUCAAGUAUGGGGUCAAGAAUACAUAUCUUCAUGUCCCGGUCUUGUAGAAUUUUUAUUGGAUAGGAACAUUGAAACUUUCAAAGAAUGUAAGGAAGUCAAAUACGAAGUUGUAAAGCAACUAGCUCAAGCUGAACAAAAUAUUUUCGAUGCAAGUAUAAUGCAAAAAUUUACGGAGUUUAUAAGUCAAGGACCCCACUAUGUAGACAUUGGUACAGAAGUUGCAGUAGAAGGUGGCCUUUAAAAUGUUAUUUUUAUUUUUGUUACGUUAUAUUAAAGAAUUUAAGAUAUUAAUAACUGACAACUACUUUAAGCAUUGUGUAAAACACAAAGUAACUUAAGCUAGAUUCUAAACAAACAGUAUGCUACUAUUUAUUUUCUAUACAAUUUAUGUGAAAAUAAAGUGCAUUGGUAUAUAAACAAAGAAACAAUUUUUUUUCCUGUAGGAUGAAGGAGACAGAUAUACAAAGACAAAUAAUUUAUUUCAUAAGUAAUAGUACAUAUUAAAAUUAAGGCUAUGAAUUUGCAAUAAUGCAAAAGAUGCGUGUGACUUACAUCGUGUUUGUAAUGUGUCAAUGUUUUCUCACUGGUUUAUACUGUUUUUACAUUAAUUACGUACAAUAAAGACGUAUAAAUACUUUUACGAGA